UUUCGAGUUGAAGUUGAAGACGAACUGUCAAGAAGUUGUAUAAAAUCUGAAUAUUACUUCCAGUCAUAUUCCGGAUCCUUAUAUCGCGCGAAAAUAGGAAAACGUAAUCAAUGACAGCUAAACACGAAGAGGUACAAACAUGGCUUGAAAAGGUUUUUGCUGGAGAUGACAUACCUGAGUUUGAGUUGAAUUCCAUGAGUUUAUCCCUGCUGCACAACUUGAUGAAAUGUAAUGAACAUGCGGACAAAGACGCACAAUUCCUGGUUGAUGAUUAUAGACAAAAGGCAGAGGAAUAUAAUAUAGAAGCUAGAAGAUGUGAGGGCAUUUUGAAGAAAAUGAAUUUGUCUAUAGCCAGUUUAUCCCAGGCUGGAGUUAUUUCCCUUCGAGUGAUUGCCAAUCUUGCUCUUAUUUUACAAGUUAAGGACACAUCUGAUACAAGCUUCCUUCUUGCCAUGCAACAUUUAGACAAUGAACUUUACAAGGUUGAGGAAGCCAAGAGAAAAGAGGAGAGAAACAUGCAGAUUUUGACAGAUAAAAUCAAAACUGCCAUGCUGAAGCAGAGCCACCUGAAAAAGGCUAUGGAUGUUCUUGAACAGAAGGCAGCUUGUCAACAGCCAGAAUCUGAGAAACGAACAAAAGAUAUUCAUUUCAUUCACAGCAAGGCCAAGGAGUAUAAGGACAAAAUAAAACAAAUGCAGACAACUUUACUCAAAUUGAAAGUAGACCCCUCCAUUUAUCAUAGCAGCCUUGUGAAGAGCUCAAAGGAAUUGGAAAAGCUUCAACUAGAAUUGUCUCCCCUACAGACCAAGUUACAGACAUAUAGCAGCUUGCCUCCAGAUUUGUCGUGUAUCAAAGUAAAAAUAGAAGAAUUAAAAGUGAAACUGGUAAGUGAAAUGCACUUAAAAUUCAUUUUGUUGCAUUUAGAAAUUGUCAUUCCAAACCAAAAAAACUUAAUAUUUUCUCUCAUUUCAGGCUGAUUUAGAGAAUGAAUUUGGCAAGAGAAUAAACCUCAUGUAUAUGUAAAAUGUGUGCUGCAGUCGACAGUCUGCUUCAUUGAUUGUCAAAUACUGGAUUUUAAAAUGUUAUCCAAUAAAGAAAAUGAAAACCAAAA